AUGGAUGUUUUUCGUAACCUUGCUGCUGCGGAUACCCUGGCUGCGAAGAAGGACCAGCUGGUCAGUCGAGGCUGGGUGGUGAGCAGGGAAGUGGAGGCUCUCCAGCCCGAUGAGGUGUUCAAUGUAUGUUUGCGAGUGGAAAGAUUGGACACUACAAGACAUGGGACAGCGGAGAUUGUCAACCUGAAGCUGCCUCAGGGCUUUGAUGACGACCCCCCACACCGUACACCACAGUGCACCGGCGAGAAGGUUCAGAUCGACUACACUGCAGUCAAGCAGCGGCUGUUGGUGGACCAGGUGUAUAUGGUGGUGGGUGCCCAAGUGAGAACCAGGAAUGGAGUCAAGUACCUCAGGAUGCCUGGAACAGUGGAGUCGGCAGCCUGUAUCCUCUUGCCCUCCAGGGCGGACGAGAUUGUGGGCAUUGCUGAACUGUUUUGUGGUGGUGUCAGUUCGUGGUCGCGAGCAGCAAGGCAGUUGCCGGCCUACCCGGUGAUCCGUGUUGACCACUGUGGGAUGAGUAUCUCGACUACAUUGCUCAACGAGCCGAGCGAGAUAUUAUACAGUGAGGCAGCUGACCAAAGCCACUUCUCGGUUUUCUGGGGUCAGUCUUUGGACCUCAGGUGGACCUCAGCUUUGAACCAUGGCAAUGUGGAAUUCCUGUGCGCUUCUCCCCCCUGCAACACCUGGAAGGGGCACGGGUCACGACAGGGCCUACUGGAUUCUGCAGAGGCCGAAGCAUGGUGGGAGCUGGUGAUGAUUGCCCGCUUUACACAGAGGAGGGCUGUCCUGAUUGAAGCUAGCCUGAACUUUGCAAGCCACAUGGAUGCAUCAACUAUGACUUCGCUUAUGAAGUGGGCUGGGUAUUCUUUGAUUUGGAAAGGGGUGCUGGACAGCAAACAGAUGGUGGCCACAGACAGCCCUCGCUACUUCCUGAUCUAUUGGAAUGCUGCGGACCAGCCCAGUGCAGGCACUCCUUUGAGACUCCUGCGACUGGGUUCCCGGAUGCCAGUGCCUUGCGAAGACUGCCUAUGGCGAAACAUGACACCAGACCUCUUCGCCUCCACGGCGGUCAACCAGGAGAUGAUGGCCAAGGUCACGAGCAGGGAACUGCUGCCGGUCAACCAGCGACAUUGGGCAGGGUCAGCCCUCCACCUCCGCUUGGUGAACCAGCACCAGCCGAUGCCACCCAUCCCGGCUUCCUACAACAGGGUGCUCCACAAGCCGUGGCCGAGCUUAGCCAAACGAGGGAUGCACCUACCAUUGACAGAGCAAGAUGGCAAGUUGCGACUGUUGAAUAUGUGGGAAGUGGCGAAAGCUUUGGGCCUCCCAGGAGACCUCAUCUUGCCAGAGCCUCCGUGUGAUGCUUCCUUGAUCUUGUCCCAGGCAUUGGCCCCUUCGCAAGCACUCCUGGUGUUGGCUUCGGCGAUUGGACACAGGCAGGAGAAGCCCCUUGCAGAGGACACCCUGCUGGUGUAUAUGGACGCUGGACUUCGCGAUCUUCGGAAGGGAUGGAUGUCGUUUGACCUCCUCAAACCAUUCUGCAGAGGAGGAUGGGCCACCUUGGUUCAGCAGGGAGCGGAAGCUGAAACUGGACCGGAUGGAAGGCUGAGAUCCAGACUGGCGAGGCUGCAGCAGCAGCUGGACAUCCUGGUCCAUGGCAGACCUGGACGAGAACCCCCCUUCCGGGAUAAUUCAUCAUUGCUUCGACAGCACAUUUUGUGCAAUUGGAUGUGGUAUUGUGGGAUUCGGGUGGGAGAAGCUCAGAACCCUGGGCCACCUGGUCAGAUGAGGAUUUCAGGCCUGAAUGUACAAUCUUUGAAUGCCUUCGUGGAUGAUAAGAGGAUGCUCUCUGGAGAUGCUGAGGUGGUUGUGUUUUCCGAGACGUCAGCGACUACUUUCGUGGAACAGAAGGCAGUCAAGCAGGCCCACUCAGCUGGCAGGCAUAUGCACUUUGGAAAGCCUGUCCCGAAGAGAUCUUUUGUGGAUUGCCGGGACUGUAACACCAAGGGCAAGGCCCAAGGGGUGGCUAUCCUUUCUUCCUGCCCCCUUCGUCGGCCCUGCCAAGAUUGGUCGGAGGAGAGCUGGAAUACCAGUCGGGUCACCGACUGCUUCUUGGUUACACAAGCUGGCCUGGUCAGACUUUUUGCAGUCUAUGGUUUUCACCAGGGACAUGAGGACUAUGAGCUCAGAAAUGAAGGAUUAUUUCGAGAAGUUAUGCAGAGAGCUUCGUCCUUACAGCUCCCAGCAGUGGUGGUUGGUGACUUUAACUGCGAUUUGCAAAGCCUGGCAGUUUGGGCAGACAUGGAUUUCCAUGGAUGGAAGGAUGCGGCACUACUCCAAGCCACCUGGGACGGCCAGCCUCCUGGGAUGACCUACAAGGAAAGUUCGCGAUUGGACUAUGUGGUUUUCAAUCGGGCUGCUUCGGCAGCCUUUCAAGGCAUGUACCUGUCAGCCCAGCCUGAAACUGACCACAAGUCGGUAACAGCGAUCUUUGACUGGUCGGCCAUCCCCUCUCAUGGGCUGCAUCACUGCAUGCCAUUGGAUAUGGCGAAGCUCCAGCUGCCACAGCAAGCGGUCCUGCAGGCAGAUCCCCCUUUUUCUGCACUGGCCAAGUUGGAUGCAGCUCUUCAAAACGAGGAUGUGCACAAGUCAUGGGACCUCUUCUGUACAACAUUUGAGGAGACGAUGGAUAUUCUCCAUACCAGCCACAGUGGUAGGCCUAUGCCACAGGCCUUCCGGGGAAGGGGACACGCAGCUCUUGUCAAGAAAACCCCGGCACACAUCCCAGUCAAGAAGGCGAGAUCGGGAGAAUUUCAACCUUCUGGAGAUGAAUCUACGAUUCAGCUGCGCCAGAGGGUGCGGCAGAUCAGAAGGAUGGAGACUUUUCUGGCACAGCAGAAGCGACUGGAAGUAGAACUUCUACCACCUGAAGCGAGGCUCAAACUGGACAUGGAAGUUCGAGAUGACUUCCCUCUCCAGAUCCCGGAUUCCCUCACAGUUGCCAGCAUGAUCAGUGAUAUUAAAGAGUGUGAGGUGUUCGCUGACAACUGGAAGCAGGGGGGUAGCCUUUUCUACAAGGCGGCGAAGCCCCCGGGGCGACCAAAGGUCGACUCGCUGGACAUCCCAUCUCACCACAGGAUUACAGUUGCAAGAGCCCGGCAAAAAGGACCUACGGUGUGCAGAAUGAUGGAUGAUGACCUACAAUGCAUCCGAGUUGGGUCUAUUUGGAAACAGGGGUCAGCUACAGCAAAGGUGGUGUCGGUCAAAGAAGGCAAAGUCUCUGUCCGGAAGUUGAGUGGAAAUAUCAUUUCUGGGGAUGUGGUCCAAUUAAUACCCACUGCGAACCCCUCCAUGAUUCUGCACCAAGCAAAGGACUACUGGACCCAAUUCUGGAAUUGCAAGAGAGAUCGAGGACCCAGUGAUCAUACUUUCCUGGAAGCACUUCAAUGUCUGCCUAACCUUUCGGAUACUCACACCAACUUCGAAAUGGCGGACCUGGAAUGGGCUCUUUCAUCCCUUGCAACGGCGAAAGCCAGAGGCAUGGACUCCUUCUCCAACUAUGAACUGAAGUAUUUGCCACAGCAACUUCGCCCACGAUUGCUGAAACUACUCAACUUGUUCACAUCCCAAGCAGAUUGGCCACCUGGUAUAUGCAAGGCAAGAAUGGCACUUCUGUACAAGUCGGAUCAACUGGGAGAUAUUUCCACCACCAGGCCUAUCACGAUUUUGGCGCCUGUCUUUCGGCACUGGGCAAAACUGGUUACAAGGAAAAUGCUCAAGCAUAUUCACAGCAGCCUCCCACCAACAUUAUUUGGAUCUGUGCCAGGUAGAAGCACUAAUGACAUGAUUGGCAUCAUCCAAACAAAGCUGGAGCAAGCACUUCUUGGUCACCAAGACCUUUAUGGCAUCUCAUUGGACUUCUCCAAAGCAUACAACACCUUGCCUCGAGCGGACAUGGGGAGAACCAAUCCAAUCAACGGUGGGAUUUCCAGAGGGGACCCGGAAAAGGCCUUUUCGGCGGUUGAUGCUAUCAACAAACUUGCAGGAAGGCUGCAGCAACAGGGGCUAUCAUUGGGAACUUCCAAGAACUUUGCGAGCUUGGGUGUCAACUUUCAAACAGCUGGGCAGCCGUCGACAGAGUUGAGGAAAACUCAGAUCAUCAAUCGAUGUAUCUUCCCGUUAAUUUUCUAUGGCUGCAACACCUGGAGAUCGGGCAAAGAUUUCAUCAGAGAAGUGCGAGCUAAAUGCAACCAUGCUGUCUGGGGUAAGAAGCAGUACCACUUGCACUACCUGGCACCCCUGUUCACGGGCAUGCACUACGAACCGAUGAUAUACAUCGCCAAGUACCGUUUUUCAGCACUGCUUCGCUUCUUUGCAAGACACCCACAUUUGGCUAUGGAAGUCUGGGAUCAAAGCAUCACUUCUGCCUCUUACUUCCGGACUCGUACCAAGGGAACCAUUUCGAUCUUCCAGAACCAACUCAGCACACUCGAUUGGGAAUUACAUGCAGAUGGCACCUGUGUCACGGCACAAGGGUGGACCUUUUCUAUCUGGAAGAUUACUUCUGCACAGUUUAUGGAGUGUGUACAACAGUCCUGGGAGCAAAGCCUUCUGCAACAUCUGCAGCAGAAGCAGAAUUUGGAGGACCUCUCUUCCUUUUCUUCGGACUUCUCGCAGUUCCCCCCCCAGGAGGACAAAUGCCUUGAAGGUUUCAUGCGAAAGGUUCGAUUGGGUGGCCUUUUUCCUUACAAGCGAAGGAACCAUGUCACGUUGCAGGAGGACAAGCACUGGAUGCUUUACCCGACCCACAAUUGGUGCACCUUCCCAGACAAGCUUCCAGAAGAUACUUUUUCACUGAUGGUUCUGCUUUUGAUCCGGGGCACCCCAGAGCCCUCCUGUGCUCGUGGGCUGUCACCGUCUGAACUUCAAGCGGUCAAUGCUGUGGUGGCUAUGUCGGAGCAGUGUACAAUCUUCUGCGACAAUGAAGCUGUGGUGAAACGUGUACGUCAGAUCCUCGCGGGCAGCCUCCCGGAUACCACCCUGAUACAACAUGCUGAUCGUGACCUCCUCAAGACUACUUCGCUGUUGCUCCAGAAUAAGCAUGUUGGUCAAGUCGAAAUACAGUGGAUGAAAGCUCAUCGAUUGUACUUUGAAGCGGUGGGGACACAUGACCUCUGGUGUAUACAUCAUAACAACAAAGCCGAUGAGGCAGCUAAGGCGGCAGGCAAGCAGGUCCCGUUGGAGCUUUUACAUGCCCAGAGAAAUCUGUUGAAGCGGAUUCAUUCUGAUGUUCGGGUGAGGUCUGAUGCUGCAUUCAUUCUGCGAAAGGUGAUGGACGAAUUCCUCGAUACCUAG